CGGCCGAGGUGUCCCGAGCCCAGCCGCUUCCAUGCCAUCGAGUGUCCUGAGCUGUACGUGCCUGGGUGCCCUGCGUCCCUGAGCCUCUGACGACCGUUCUCCCUCACCCUUCUCAGCCGCGGCCGUUCCCUGCCUGCCCCCCUGCGCGGCAGCCCCGAGGAUGGCGAGCGUGCGCUGCCGGCUGGCGCGCUACCUGGAGGACCUGGAGGACGCGGAUCUGAAGAAGUUCAAGAUGCACCUGGAGGACUUCCCUCUGCAGAAGGGCUGCGCCCGGCUCCCGAGGGGCCACACGGAGCGGGCGGACCCCGUGGACCUGGCCACGCUCAUGAUCGACUUCAACGGGGAGGAGCGGGCCUGGGCCAUGGCCCUGUGCAUUUUCGCGGCCAUCAACAGGAGGGACCUCUAUGAGAAGGCCAGGCAGGAGCAGCCCGAGCAGGAAGACACACGGGUCCCCAAUCCCACUGUGGUGUGCCAGGAAGACAGCACUGAAGAGGAGUGGAAGAGUUUACUGACCUGUCUUUCCAGAAUCUCGAUUUGUAAAAAGAAGCAUGAUUACCGCGAGGAGUACCGGCGGCACGUGAGGAGCAGGUUCCACCGCAUCGAGGACAGGAACGCGCGCCUGGGCGAGAGCGCGAACCUCAACAAGCGCUACACGCGGCUGCGUCUGGUCAAGGAGCACCCGAGCCAGCAGCAGCGGGAGCAGGAGCUGCUGGCCAUCGGCGGGGCCAAGGCGUGGGACAGCCCCAUGAGCCCCGUCAGGCUGGAGCUGCUGUUCGAGCCCGAGGACCAGCACGCCGAGCCCGUGCACACGGUGGUGUUCCAGGGAGCCGCUGGCAUCGGGAAGACCAUCCUGGCCAGGAAGAUCAUGUUGGACUGGGCGUCGGGGACACUCUUCCAGGACAAGUUUGACUAUCUGUUCUACAUUCACUGUCGCGAGGUGAGCCUGGUGACCCCGAGGAGCCUGGGGGACCUGAUCGUUAGCUGCUGCCCUGGCCCCAGCCCGCCCGUGCACAGGAUCAUGCGCAGGCCCUCCAGGAUCCUCUUCCUCAUGGACGGCUUCGACGAGCUGCAGGGCGCCUUUGACGAGCACCUGGGCGUGGUCUGCACCGACUGGCGGAAGGCCGAGCGGGGGGACGUCCUCCUGAGCAGCCUCAUCAGGAAGAAGCUGCUGCCCGAGGCCUCUCUGCUGGUCACCACCAGGCCCGUGGCCCUGGAGAAGCUGCAGCACCUGCUGGACCGCCCUCGGCACGUGGAGAUCCUGGGCUUCUCCGAGGCCAGGAGGAAGGAGUACUUCUUCAAGUACUUCUCGGAUGAGGCGCAAGCCAGGGAGGCCUUCGGGCUGAUCCAGGAGAACGAGGUCCUCUUCACCAUGUGCUUCAUCCCCCUGGUCUGCUGGAUCGUGUGCACUGGGCUGAGGCAGCAGAUGGAGAGCGGGCAGGGCCUGGCGCAGACGUCCAAGACCACCACGGCCGUCUACGUGUUCUUCCUGUCCAGCCUGCUGCAGUCGCGCGGGGGCGGCCAGGAGCAGCGCCUCUCCGCCCACCUGCGGGGCCUCUGCUCGCUGGCCGCGGACGGAAUCUGGAACCAGAAGAUCCUCUUCGAGGAGCGCGACCUGAGGGACCACGGCCUGCAGGAGGGGGACGUGUCGGCCUUCCUACAGAUGAACCUGUUCCAGAAGGAGGUGGACUGCGAGAAGCUCUAUAGCUUCAUCCACAUGACCUUCCAGGAGUUCUUCGCCGCCAUGUACUACCUGCUGGAGGAGGAGGAGGCGGAGGAGGACCAGGAGGCGGGCAGGCCCCUGCGGCGCCCGCUGCUUCCGCACCCGCUGCUUCCGCACCGCCCGCCGCUUCCGCACCGCGACGUCAGGGUGCUGCUGGAGAACUACGGCAAGUUCGAGAAGGGAUACCUGAUUUUCGUCGUCCGCUUCCUCUUCGGCCUCGUGAACCAGGAGAGGACCUCGUACUUGGAGAGGAAACUGAGCUGCAAGAUCUCUCAGCAAGUCAGGGUGGAGCUGCUGAAGUGGAUUGAAGCCAAAGCCAAGGCCAAGAAGCUGCAGGUGCAGCCCAGCCAGCUGGAGCUGUUCUACUGCCUGUACGAGAUGCAGGAGGAGGGCUUCGUGCAGCGGGCCCUGGACCACUUCCCCAAAAUGGAGAUCAACCUCUCCACCAGGAUGGACCACGUGGUCUCCUCCUUCUGCAUCAAGAACUGUCGCUGCGUGGAAACACUCUCCCUGGGGUUCCUGCACACCUUGCCCAAGGAGGAGGAGGAGGAGGAGGAGGAGGAGAGCAGACAUCUCCACGCCAGCCAGCACGCCCUCCUGGGUCCUCAUGCCGCCUCUUCUCCCAGCCUGCUGCGCUGCUCUCUCACCUCCAGCUUCUGCCGGGGCCUCUUCUCGGUUCUGAGCAGCAGUCGGUGCCUGACGGAGCUGGACCUCAGUGACAACGCCCUGGGGGACCCGGGCAUGCGGGUGCUGUGCGAGGCCCUCCAGCAGCCGGGCUGCAGCAUCCAGAGGCUGUGGCUGGGGCGCUGCGGCCUCUCCCACCUGUGCUGCUUCGACAUCUCCUUGGUCCUGAGCAGCAACCAGAAGCUGGUGGAGCUGGACCUGAGUGACAACGCCCUGGGGGACUUCGGUGUCCGGCUUCUGGGCGUGGGCCUGAGGCACCUGCUCUGCUGCCUGCAGAAGCUCUGGUUGGUCAGUUGCUGCCUCACGUCAGCAUGUUGCCAGGACCUCGCGGCCGUGCUGAGUGCCAGCCGCUCCCUGACCAGACUCUACAUCGGAGAAAACGCCUUGGGCGACUCAGGAAUGCGGAUCCUCUGCGAGACGGCCAAGCACCCACAGUGCAGCCUGCAGAAGCUGGGGUUGGUGAACUCUGGCCUCACGUCCGCCUGCUGCUCGGCUCUGUCCUCGGUGCUCAGAACGAACCGGAGCCUCACGCACCUUUACCUGCGCGGCAACGCUCUUGGGGACGCGGGCCUCAAGCUCCUCUGCGAGGGGCUCCUGCUCCCCAGCUGCAGGCUGCAGGUGUUGGAACUGGACAACUGCAGCCUCACCUCACACUGCUGCUGGGACCUCUCCAUGAUCCUGACCUCCAAUCGGAGCCUGCAGAAGCUGAGCCUGAGCAACAACGACCUUGGCGACCUGGGGGUCAUGAUGCUCUGCGAGGUCCUGAGGCAGCGGGGCUGUUUCCUCCGGAACCUGCAGUUGUGUGAGAUGUACUUCAACCACGAGGCGAAGCGUGCCUUGGAAAUGCUGCAGGAGGAAAGGCCGGAGCUGACCGUCGUCUUCGAGCCUCUGUGGUAGGGAGGACGCAGGCCCACCGGGCACCUGCUCUGUGCCUCCGCUGCCCAUCUGUGCCCACCAGGCACCUGCUCUGUGCCUCCGCUGCCCAUCUGUGCCCACCAGGCACCUGCUCUGUGUCUCCGCUGCCCAUCUGUGCCCACCAGGCACCUGCUCUGUGCCUCCGCUGCCCAUCUGUGCCCACCAGGCACCUGCUGUGUGCCUCUGCUGCCCAUCUGUGCCCACCAGGCACCUGCUCUGUGCCUCCGCUGCCCAUCUGUGCCCACCAGGCACCUGCUCUGUGCCUCUGCUGCCCAGCUGUGCCCAGCCCUCCCGCACCGGGGAGGCCCUCCACCUGGCCCUCGCGCCCUCAGGGCCAGGGCGACUGACGGUGCCCCUCCUUCCUGGACGGGGCGGCUCUCGGCGGGCUCUGCAGCUGCCGUGUCCCUGGAGGGUGCUCAUGGAGUCAGCUCCUUCAGGAGCACAUCCUCUUCCUUUGCCUCUUCCUGCCCCCAGGUGUCCCCUCCCCGGCUCCCCUUCUCUCUCUUGUCUUCUGCCUAAGCCUCCAUCCCUCUUUCCACUGAGUGCCCAGGACAUGGAACUACCCAUGUGCUGUGUGAAACUUUGCGGCAGCUACUUAUUUAUUUUUAAUUUUGUAACAGUUAUAUUUUCUCACAAAAAUAAUUCAUGUUUAUUUUAGCUGGUUGAAAAUUCAGAUAUGUAUAUGAAAACUUUUAUCUGGUUAUUGAAUUGAUUUUUUAAUU